AUGCACCACUCGUUUUUUACCCCAAAUUCCUCCAUGUACUUGGGGCCGCACGGGGAGCCCCUGCUGUCACGCACUGGCUUCAUCCUGCUCUCCGUGGUGAUGGCCCUUUUCACCGGGCCGGCUAUCUUGCUCAACGCUACAGUGAUCAUUGUGUCCCUCAUGCACAAGCAGCUGAGGCAACCGCUCAACUACGCUCUGGUGAACAUGGCUGUGGCAGACCUGGGCACAGCCAUGACCGGGGGACUUCUGUCUGUAGUCAACAACGCCCAGGGGUACUUCUCCCUGGGAAGAACAGGCUGCGUGAUGGAGGGCUUUGCCGUGUCCUUGUUUGGUAUUACAUCAUUGUGCACGGUUGCCCUGAUCGCCGUGGAAAGGAUGUUUGUCAUAUGUAAACCUUUAGGGCAGAUAGCCUUCCAAAAGAAGCAUGCAAUAGGAGGUAUCGCCUUGUCCUGGCUGUGGUCUUUAACAUGGAAUGUGCCCCCCCUUCUGGGCUGGGGCAGGUACGAGCUGGAAGGCGUCGGGACGUCCUGUGCGCCGGACUGGCACAACCGUGACCCUCACAAUGUGUCCUACAUCCUUUGCUAUUUUGCCUUGUGCUUUGCUCUUCCUUUUGCAGUCAUCCUGGUGUCCUAUACGAAAUUACUGUGGAUGUUACACCAGGUAUCGAAGAUGGCCUGCGUGGAAGGUGGCGCAGUAGCUAAAGCGGAGAUGAGGGUGGCGGCCAUGGUCAUCAUCAUGGUCCUGACCUUCCUGAUAAACUGGUUGCCUUAUGCCUGCCUGUCCAUGUUGGUGGUCUACAACCCGCACGUGGAGAUUAACCCACUGGUGGCAACAAUGCCGGUUUACUUGGCGAAGAGCAGCACCGUCUACAAUCCCAUCAUUUACAUCUACUGCAACAAACAGUUCCGUAAGUAUGCAGUGCCUUUUCUACUGUGUGGCAAGAAGCUGUGGCUGGAAGACGACGACGCAUCAGAAGCAGCCACCGUGGUGGAAAUGACAGCCAACAAAGUGUUACCAGCCUGA